GCGUGACCAACAGCCAAUGGGACGGCGGGAGCGGCCGGGCCGUUCUGAGGGAGCGCAGCGUCCGUCAGUGCAGGGUUCGGCGGUGGCUGUGAGGGGUGUCGCGGCUCGUGCUGUGUGUGGAGUUUUCCAGGGCAAAAAAUGAAAUAAAGUGUUAAACUCUGAGGACUUACCAUGGAAGACUCGGAAGAGCAUCGCUUCAGCUCAGUUGAAGAGGAAGCCAGAUACUGGAAAGAGUUGGCUGUGAAAUACAAGCAGCGUGCUGAGAAUACACAGGAGGAACUGCGUGAAUUCCAAGAAGGGAGCCGAGAAUAUGAAGCUGAACUGGAAAGUCAGCUGCAGCAAACAGAGUCCAGAAACAGAGAGCUUCUUUCAGAAAACAAUCGUUUGCGGAUGGACCUGGAGUCUGCUAAGGAAAAGUUUGAAAUGCAGCAUUCAGAAUGGUACAGGCAAAUCUCUGCCCUGGAAGAUGACUUGGCACAGACAAAAGCUAUCAAAGAUCAACUUCAGAAAUACAUUCGAGAACUUGAGCAAGCAAAUGAUGACUUGGAAAGAGCAAAAAGAGCUGCUAUAAUGUCUCUUGAGGAUUUUGAGCAGCGCCUAAACCAGGCUAUUGAAAGAAAUGCUUUUCUGGAGAGUGAGCUGGAUGAGAAAGAAAACCUUCUGGAGUCUGUGCAACGUCUGAAAGAUGAAGCUAGAGAUCUACGGCAAGAGCUUGCAGUGCAGCAGAAACAGGAGAAACCCAAAACACCAAUGCGAACUGGCCUGGAAACAGAAAGAACAGACACUGCAGUUCAAGCAUCGUUAUCUUUGCCUUCAACUCCCUCUGUGUCCCGAGCAUGCAAGAUCAACAUACCCACCCCUGCGACAUUUAGGAGAGGUUUUGAGGACAGUUACUGUGCAACCCCUCUCACACCUGCUGCCAGAAUAUCUGCACUCAAGAUCAUGGGAGACUUGUUGCGAAAAGUAGGCGCUUUGGAGUCCAAACUUGCCUCCUGCCGGAAUUUUGUGUAUGACCAGACCCCAGACAGAACCAAGUACAUGAAGGGAGAUGUCCUUGAAACACGCAUGAGUCCUUGUCAGCCUCUGUGUGAUACAGGGUUAGUGAAUCACCUGGAGUUUCGAGCAAGCCGUACAAAUAUUCCAGGACCGAUGAACCAUCCUUCACAAAAUGUUGUUAAGAUGCUGCUAUGAAACGGAAAAAUAAAAUCUAAUAUACAUAUAACUUGAA